CGGGAGGCUGGAUUAGCCACAAGUUGUGGUGAACCAAGGUAAAUUCGGUGUUCCUCUUACUCUUCUCUUUACUUCUCUUUUAAAUUUUUAAUUCCUGCGAUUUCUACGAUCAAACGCUAUUCACCUCCCCUCUAGCGUUGGUCUUUCAUUCUAACAAUUGGUAUCAAAGCCUAACUUGUGUUCAAACUUAACCGUUUGAGAGUAAAGCGAUCAUGGGUUCUUCUUCUAGAAAUCUUUAUGCAGGAAUUGGAGAAGGUCAAUCAACCUCUAGGCCACCGCUCUUUGAUGGCACCAACUACACAUAUUGGAAAGAGCGGAUGAUAAUUUAUAUCCGCUCAACCAACUUCAAGUUGUGGUUGGUCAUCAAAAACGGCGAAGAAACGCCAAUGAAGAAGGUCGGUGAAAAACUCGUCCCAAAGACCGAGGACGAAUUUGAUGCUGAAGACAUUAAAAAGGUGGAGAACUACGCCAAAGCAAUCAACAUGUUGUACUGCGCGGUCAACCCCGACGAUUAUUGCAAGAUCUCUUGCUGUACCACCGACAAAGAAAUGUGGGACAAGCUGGAAGUCACAUAUGAAGGUACGGACCAAGUUCGGGAAGCCAAAAUCGACUUCCUAACGCAGGAGUACGAAAUGUUUAGGAUGAAGGAAGGCGAAAAGAUAGAUGACAUGUUCGAUCGGUUCUCAAAGAUCAUCAACAACCUUCAUGCUCUCAAGAAGACUUACGCCAACAAGGAUCUCGUGAGGAAAAUCCUGCGGAGUCUCACACCCGAAUGGAGAUCAAAGGCUGACGCAAUCUACGAAUCCAUCAGAGUCUCCAAAGUCACCAUCGACGGGUUAAGAGGUAACCUCAAAACUUAUGAAUCUACUAUUCUAACCCCGUAUUUGGAUGAACAAAAGAAGAAAGGAAUAGCGCUCAAAGCAACCAAGGAGAUGGUGGAAGAAGUCUCAAGCGAUGACGACAACGAGUUCGGACUAGUCAUCAAGAAAUUCCACAAAUUCAUGAAAAAGGAAUUUGAGUGUAAAGGAAGAAAGCACGACGGUCCCCCGAAGUGCUAUGGCUGUGGCGAGAAAGGCCACAUCAAGCCGAGGUGUCCAAAAGGCAAAAACGGCAAGGACAAAUCCGGCUUCAAAAAGCAACGAGCCUAUAUUUCAUGGGGUGGCGACUCCGGCGACGAGUCAACUGACCAAGAAGAGGAAGAAGCCGCCAACCUCUGUCUCAUGGCACACGAAGACCACGCCGACGAAGUACAAGAGGAGGAUGCACAACCCAAACGUAGUUUGCCAUUAUUGCAACAGGGUAGGACAUAUAGCUCCCGUUUGCUUUACUAGGCAUAGGCAUUGGGCACAAAAUGAAUCACACUACCAGUGUGCACCUAACACUCAAGGACCCAAAAAGACUUGGGUACCUAAAUCUUAUUAAAGCUUUUUUGUAGGU